UCUUUCUUUGUUUCAAGAAGCAGUGUUUUGAGGAGGAUGGAUUCCCCAGAGAAACAGGCGUUACAUAAUCUGCGACAGGACCUGCAAAGUCACAUGGUCAUCACUGAUCGGAUUUUGCGACAUCUUCUGCAGCAAAAUAAAAUCAACAAAUCUGAAAAACAUGAUCUCUCUAUUCAUGGAGCAAGCUCACAAAAGAUCAAAAAGCUGAUACAGAUUCUACAAAACAAAGGACAACCACUGCAAGUGUUGACACAGGCCCUCUUAUUAGAAAACAGAAACAACUUCAUUGUGAAAAAACUCAGUAAAAAAGUGCGCUUCUACCGUUCCAGGGAAGAACAGAGUGAGCGCAAUUCCAAAACUCAUACAAGCAACCAACUUGACCCUCUUGGUGAAAUUUUAUUCAAGAGGGGUUACCCUGUGCUCUAUGGUUCAUGUCACAAACAGGCAUAUCCAAAGGGACAUCAAAAACUAAUGGAAGGUAUGAACGGAUUCAUGGUAACUCUUGAAGAUUGUCGUGAUGUUUUCAAUGGCUGUGAGACCCGACAUUUCAAAGACAUUCUGAAAGACUUUUGUGACAAGAAAGAGAAGGAAAUCAAGGACGCCAAAGUUCUCUGUGCUCGGUUGGUGAAGUCCAAAAACUGUGAGCUGGAUCAGGGAUCCCUAGAAGUGAAUCGCCUUCAGCAAGAAGUGGAUAAACUGAAAACAGAAAAUGAAAAUAUACGCAGAAACUGGGAACGUGACAUUCGUCAGAAAGUCACGGAAGGAGUUCGUCAGCGAUUAUUAUCAAUGCCAAUGUUAAGUUCCUGUUUUGGGAUGCCACCAUCGGCUAGGGCCAGAGAGCAUUCCGAGUCUACAGACUUUUCAGAGAACAGUGACCAGGGGUCUUUCAGUAAUGGUAGCUAUCACUCUGACCCCCAGGCGGAAGAGAGCGAGGGGGAGAGAGAGGAAGAAGAAGGGUUUGUUACUGAAAUAACUGAUACUGAAAGUGAGGCUGAAUACCCAAACAAUAGGGUAUCCCAUGUCACAUACAAUAUAUAUACUAAUCAUAUAUAUAGCACAGCAAGGCUUUAUCAGAGCUGAUGCUAUCAAAUAUUAUCAUGUAAUUCAUGGAUAUGGAUACUUAAAGCAUAUAGUUUUUUGUACAGAGCAAAGUUUAUUUCAUUUAAUUACAUGCCAUAUUACUUAACUAAUAGUUAAUUUUAAUCUAAUUGUGGUACAUUAAAUAUCUACCUGGUAUAUACAUGUAUAUAAAAUAUAUAUGCAGCCAAAUCAAAACUUUUACAUAUGUUUAUAGAUUUAUAUAUAUAGAUAUAUAUUUACAAAUUGUGCCAAAUUUAAUACAUGACAUUUUUCCCAAAAUCAAAGAUAUAAUCUGUAGGUUUGUUACAUUUAGUCACAAAAUAAGUAGACAAGUGUGCUUUGAUUAGAAUACAGUUGGAUUCUGAAUUCUGGAUUUGAAAUAGCACGCUGAUCGUAAGAUAUAUUUUGUCACAUAAAAUUUCAGUAGUGAUCCAAAUUCUGAAGAUUUCUCUCGCAGCAAAUCACAAGCAAGAAACUUGAAAGAAGAAAAAGCACACUAGCUUGUAAUAUUUUUGUAAUAAGUUAUUCAGCCAAAAGAAACCCUUUUGUUCAUUAGAUCUUUUUUCAUGUUAGCGGUUGUUAUAGUCUUCCAAAAGAAUAUAAUGCUAGUGUUAUCACUGCCCCCAUACUGUUUGAUCUUUUGCCAACCAUUAUUAUUCCUUAAUGAGUAUUUGAACAUUGAACACUACAAAACCCACCCAGCAUACACCAUUUGUAUGUGGCUUUACUAGUCCUAUUGUGAAAUCAUAUUAGUUACUGCAAAAAUAUUUAAUGUUAAACUUUAAGGUAGGCAGGUCCUACUGGCAGUGAAUUUCACUAAAGCAUUGUCUACAAUCCGUUUUAUGUAUCAAAUCCAUUGAGUUAAGAAAUUUGAGUUUAUAAGAUAAACAUUUAAUGAAUUCUUUGUCUGGAACUGUAUUAAGAUUUUAAGCAAUUUAAUUACUGUUAAUAGAAUUACCUUUGCACAGGGAACUGCAUUUCAUUUUAUAAAUGAAUGCAUUUAAUUCACAUGGUCUCCACCCCCUCCCCCCCCCAAAAAAAAAUAUUUAAAAACCCUACAAAUUAGUGUUACAUGCAUGCAUCUGUUGUUAAGUUUGUUAAAGUUUAUUUUUGUUACAAUGUUACAAUACUAUUUGUAAUGUAUAUGUACUUGUAUCUUAUUUGUAUGCCAACAUUUUUUUUAAUGAAACUAGAUGAUCAGUGUAUCAUUCUAUUCAUUGAUCCUUAUUUUGGCACAGUUGUUAAUAAAUACUUUUUAUAUAGAUGAUUGCAUUGUUAAGUAAAAUCCUUUAUAUUAUAUUGUUGAUAAUGAUGGGUAUGUUACAAAUAUACCCUUUGUUUUGUUGAUUCCUGAAAUAAAAAUUUGUUUUUGA